CAUCAUUUAUUCUAUUACCACAAGCACCAUUCGUUCUGCCACUACAAAAUAAUUGGGCUUAUGGGUCUUCAACAUUUCAACUAGAAUUAGAUAAAAGUAAAACAACUAAUUGCUACUAUCAAAAUUUCUUGCAUAAAUUUGAAAAACAGCAAAUUUCAGUAAAGAAUUUAGUAAGAUUAUCUGAUGAUGCACUUAAGCUAUGUGGUGUAGACACAAUUGGUGCUCACCAAACUUUGCAUGACUAUGCUAAAAAAUAUCAGAAUACUUUUCAAAUGUCAGGAAUGUGG